ACGAGAGCUCCAAUUCUGUCUCAAUGUCUGACUCAAGUUCUAACUCAAGUUCUGAUUCAAGUUGUGACUCUCCCUCUCCCGUCAGGGUACGGGCUACGGUUGGGGAGGAGACCAAAGGGGACGAUACGUUGGUGCAGAGGUCCUGCCUGUACGAUCCCAAAGGGAAGUCGAUCAUACCGUCUGGAACACAGGAGAGAUCCUCGGCGAUGAGGUCGUUGAGUAUGGGAGCUGAUCCGACUAGGAGACUUGGAGGAGGGGACUUCAAGGCACAUAUGCUCAUGAUUAAUGCCCGAGAGGAUAUCAUCGAGAAGAUUAUGUCCUUCACGCAGAAUGGAUCUCGUGGGAUCUGCGUUUUGUCAGCAACCGGUGCGGUUUUUAAUCUCAGGAUUCAAUCACUCGGCUCUAACAGAAGAGUCCUGACGUUCAAGGAUUGUUAUGAGAUAAUCUCGCUGACCAACACAGUGGAGAUAACUGAAAGUGGAGGAGUGAGAAAUGAGACAGGAGUAUGGCGUAUUACAAUCGGUGGAGUUGAUGGUUGUGUCUUUGGUGGUAAUUUAGUCGGUAGACUCACUGCUGCAAGUCAGGUUCAGGUUGUGAUUGGAAGUUUCUGGCCGUUGAUCGCAAAUCCGUCUUUGAGGAAGAAAGAUACGUCCACAUCUGUGCUUGUUACACCGACAGUACCAAACGCAGUUGGUUCCUCAUCUGGAGGACAAGUCCAUCAACCAGAAAUGAGAGACUCUUCUCAUUUUUCGAGCAGCGAGUGGUACAGGAAAUAUUCUGGAUAUAACCCGUAAUCUCAUCUGAAUCUAAGUUAAUAAAAUCCUUGAAAGAGGAUAUUUUCUGCUUUUUAUGUUCUUGGGAGUGUGUAAUACUCAACUGAUGUAUUAAGUGCAUCCAACAAGACAAAAUUUGGU